UGCGUCCAGGGUGGGCUGACCAAGUCAACCCGCCGCCACUCAACUUACUGUAUUACUACGAUCGGCCCAUCGUCUCGGUCGGUGCCUAGGCGGCUUUGUGUGCCUACACAUCUUCAAACCAAGGCAAGUUCUGCGCCUUGGCAGGCUGCGCCGUUGAGUUCUGACGAGGUGAGUUUGCGCUUUAGUGUACUGGCGCGCGUCGGUCCUGUAGAGCGGACCUAUUGA